CCUGCCCCCUCUUCUCGCCGCUCCUCGUCCGCCUCUCUCUCUCGAACCUCCGCCACCAACAAUGGCCGACUCCGACUCCGGCCCCUCCGCUGCCGCCGCCGCAUCUACCGGCCCUCCACCGUCGUCGUCGUCGUCGUCGUCGUCGGUGUGCUGCGCGUGCGGCGGCCCCGCGGCGUCGGAUGCGCCCACGGCGGCGCCGUGGUCGGAGGCGUCCCCUCCGCCGGCGUACCGGCCGAUCCGCGCCCCGGCCAUCAACGCGCCGACGAACACCGCGGCGAUCGUGCUCUCCCCCGUCCCCCAGCCCCUCCCCGUCCCCGUCGCCUCCCCUCCCUUCUCCUUCGUCGCCCCCUCCAAGCGCAUCUCCUCCCCCGACGACCUCCGCCGCUUCCACUCCUCCCCCUCCGGCGUCCACUUCCUCGGCUUCGUCGCCGCGCUCUCCCACUCCGUCCGCGGCCGCAAGCUCUCCGACCCCCUCCCCGCCCCGCUCUCCCCGACGCUCGCCGCCCUCCUCUCCCUCCUCCGCUCGCUCUCCGACGCCGCCGACGCCGUCCCCCCUCUCCCCCACCCCGGCCGCUACGGCAACCCCGCGUUCCGCCUCUGGCACGAGCGCCUCGCCGCCGACGCCGACGCCCUCGUCCUCCCCCUCCUCCCCUCCGAUGAGCUCCGCCCCGCCGCCGUCGAGCUCGUGCCCUACCUCCUCGACUCCUUCGGCAACCCCACCCGCAUCGACUACGGCACCGGCCACGAGACCAACUUCGCCGCCUUCCUCUACUGCCUCGCCCGCCUCGGCCUCGUCCGUGAGGAGGACUACCCCGCCCUCGUCGCCCGCGUCUUCGUCGCCUACCUCGACCUCAUGCGCAAGCUCCAGACCACCUACUGCCUCGAGCCCGCGGGCUCGCACGGCGUCUGGGGGCUCGACGACUACCACUUCCUCCCCUUCAUCUUCGGCUCCGCGCAGCUCAUCGACCACAAGUACAUGAAGCCCAAGUCCAUCCAGAACCCCGACAUCCUCGACAACUUCUCCAACGAGUACCUCUACCUCGCCUGCGUCGCCUUCGUCAAGAAGGUCAAGAAGGGGGUCUUCGCCGAGCACUCGCCGAUGCUCGACGACAUCAGCGGCGUGCCCACCUGGAGCAAGGUCAACAGCGGCCUCCUCAAGAUGUACAAGGCCGAGGUGCUCGAGAAGGUCCCCAUCAUGCAGCAUUUCCUCUUCGGAUCGCUCAUCAAAUGGGAGUGAUGUUUUAGGGAUACGCUCCUCAUACUCUACGUCACGGGAGUGAAAGGAAAAGGAAUACGAAGUGAUGUCAUCUUCAUCAGGUGCAUUGUUAGUGCAGAGGUUCAGGAGCGUUCCCAGGUUCCUCCACGUACCACUCUCAUGUUAUUAAAGAAAAUAAAUUUGUACAGUUGUUUUAUUCUACUGUUACUUUUCUGACUUAAAAAGAAAUGCUUAUUACCCUCAUUAACUGGACUUAGAUCUGAUUAAAAGGAGGUAUGCUUUUCUUCCUGACACUGAUUGAGAGCAAUGUAUCCUGUAAUUUGUUUUUCUUUUCUUUUUUUUAUUUACUUCUUUCAAUUUACUCUUUGAGUACUCGCUGAUCUUAUGGAACUUGUGAUAUUGAGAGAUUUAUUGUGAUUGGGGUGAUGGAUUGUGUUAGAGAAAAAGGAAAGUGUGUUUUUUGUGCAUUGGUUAUUUA